UACGUGCGUAAAAAGCUGAACACGGAGGAUGGCUUCGUGUUUGGUGCCCGAUUUCCCCGCCGUGAUGAUGGCUCUGCAGCAUUUAGGGGAACUGGAGAGGCAGUUCAAGGAGGAGAAGAUGCCAUUCAAUACUGAGGCCAGCCAUCAUCUAAAGGAGAUAGCAGCUGCUGUCACCAAGCUGGAGACGUCCAGGCGCUCAGUCCACGAGCAGUUGGAGGUGGAGACCAUAGAGAACGGCAAAGUCAGACACCAGAUUCACAAGUUCCAAGAAAAAAUCAGCAAGGACAUCAUGGCUGACGUGACCGCGGCCAGGGAGUCCAACGCCAAGGAGAUAGCGGAUCUGCACGCCGAACUGAACAGAACUGCAGAUCUUCAGCGCGCCACGACGGACCGACAGGAGGAGAUCCUUAGACAGAAUCGCCUGCUGGUCCCCGAGAGGGACCAGGUGAGGGCCAAACACGACAACGACACGGCCGUCCUCAACCACCGGAUCUCCCUGAAGCACAGCGCUCAGGCUCAGCUGCAGCGGUCUCUGGACAAGGUGGCGGAGCUCAGAGGCUGCAUCGCCGCCGCGGAGGAGAGCAAAUCAUCCCUGGAGCGCGACAUGGCGAGAGAGAGCGCGGCGUUCGACGACACCAAGGACGGCCUCAUGGUCGAGCUAGACCAGGUGGCAAAUUCCGUGCUGAAGCAGAAGCAGGAGAACGCCAGGAGGCAGAAGAAACUGAGCCAUUUCAACAACUUGCGCAUGGACCGGGACGACCAGCUGGCCGACUUGACGCAGCACGGGGCCAAUCUGGAGCGCACCGUGGAGCGGCUCACGGCGUCGCGCGGCUUGCACGAGGUGCAGUUGAAGGAGGCGGUGGCCGGCCACCAGGAGGCCGGCCACCAGGUGGAGAGCGCCGAGCGGGAGCUGUGCGAGCUGCGCCGCCACUACGAGGCCACCGGCCAGCGGCUCCAGGAGGACCUCGUACUGCUGGACCAGGAGAUAGAGGAGGGGACGGCGGCCGGGGUGGUCUACAGGAGGACCCUGGCCGCCGCCGAGGAGCGCGCCAAGGUGCAGCGCCGGGAGGAGAACGAGAUGCGGGCCGUCCACCUCACCGUGUCGGAGCGCCUGGAGAGCACCACCCGCCGGCUGGAUGAGCAGCUGGCCUCCAUCACCCGGCACGGCGCCCAGGCGUGCGUGAUGGAGGUGGAGACGGGCCGUCUGCUGGAGAGCAACCUCCUCAACGUGGGCCUCUACCAGGAGUACCAGGAGAAGGCGCGCGGCCGGCUGGGGACGGAGCAGUGGAACCUGGGCGAGGCGGAGGUGGAGAAGCGGGAGCAGGGGAUCCUUCAGGAGGAGGCGCGGAAGGCGCAGGAGGCGCACGUCGACAAGGCGACGGCGGCCAUACGCGUCGCCAGGGAGAAACACGGCAGCCUGUGCCUGGAGGAGGUGGCGAUGCGGCGGGAGCUGGCGUCCAACGCCGAGGCGGACGCCCUGACCCGUCGGCUGACCGGCGCCGAGGUGGACUUUGUCCAGAUGGAGACGGAGUACCGCGAGGCGGUGGAGCGGCUCGCCGGGGAGACGGAGCAGCUCCAGAGGGAGACGGAGGCGAAGGAGAGGCAGCUGGAGGAGGGGGAGGCCGCGCUGCGCCAGGCGGAGGCCCGCCACCUGCGGGAGGAGGCCUCGUUCCGGGGGCUGGAGCGUCUCAUCGCGGGGCAGUACGGGGAGAAGGCCCGCCUGGAGGGCUCCACGAAGGAGCUCCGGGGGGAGACGGCCGUGCUGCUGGGGCCCCGGGACGAGGUGAAGGCCGGGCUGGAGGCCGGGCGGGCCCGCCACAGGGAGCUGAUGGUCGGCCAGGCCUCGGAGCUCCUGGCGGUGGAGGCCCGGAUCCAGGACGGCGGGCGGCGGCUGGAGACGGUGAGCCUCGAGAACUCCAGGCUGCGGCUCAGCGUGCUGAAGAUGGAGGAGGACAUGGCCAGCGCCAGGAGCGCCACGGAGAGGCACGGGAGGGCCGUCGUGGCCAGGAGAGAGCAGGAGCAGGCGGCGUGGGCGCGGCUGCUGCCGGCCUGGGGGGAGGACGAGGCCGUGACGCGGGAGGGGUGUGACGGAUACAGGCCCUUGGUGGCGGCGUUCGGGGCGCUGCUGGGGCGCCUGGGGACCAGAAGCGCUCAGUUCGAGGGCAUCGCCGAACGAGUGCGACAACAGCUGCUGCACAUCAGCAAACUAGGCUACUAGACGGGGGUUAUUAUAGAGAAUGGGGAUGUAAACAGGACACCACCUUCUGUGACAGUUCAAUUUGUGUGUUACAUUGUAUGGGUGUAAAUGUGUGUUUGUGUUUACAUUUCAUUUUGUGCAACUUUCCCCAACCUCAAAGAUGCCUUAUGAAGAUUUGUAUCGGAUCCUAAAGCAAUAUGAUAUUUAAUAAAUGCCUUGAAUAGUAUUUAGAUUUUUAUUUAGAAACUUUUAAACAUUUCAAAUGACUAUUUUCUGCAUUUAUACUAUUUGCACUCAUAAUUCUCAUAAACAUGACUCCCAUAAUCACACCCUUCUUUUUCCCUUUCGCAAAUAUAUAUUCAAAACCACAACAGGUGUACAAAAGACCACCUUUAGAUUACUACCGUAGGUAUUGUCGCUACCCUUACACACCUUAAAACACCUGGACUUACCGAAUCACAAACCAUAUGCUA